AUGGCAUCUGAUGAUGCCAAUUACGAUGAUUUUAUGAUGUCCGAUGAAGAAGGAGCUGAGAUGAUUGAGAUGGAGGAAGAGAGUGAUGAGCAACCUGAAGGAACAGAUAACACCGGCAACAAUGCGAAUGAUAGGGUUGAUGAUGCAGCAUUACAGGACACCUACGAGAUGGCGCUAUCUUUUGCAGACGAUCAUGAUUUUGACCGUGCAAGACAGCUACUGGCGGAUAUCAGCACCAGGGCUAAUGAUCUGGUAUGGCAAUGGAAGGCCUCGACUCAAGUACUAAAGACGUGGGUUUCAGAGAGUCACUACAAUCGAUGUUAUGAAGAUGAUAUAAUGCUGGAUGAUUUUGACGCACUUUUAACCUUUUUAGAAGAGAAUAUGCGCGAAUUGGAUGGGAUUGUAUUAAAGAAAUCCUUGGGUGAUCUGCUAGAUGAAUUAUUUCCAUUUAUGAGUCGAGAGUUCUUGUACGCUACGGAAUUAACAGCUUCUCCUUAUACGACAAUGAAAAUGGUGCGACGAGUGAAUGCUCUAGCUCGAUUGCAAACGAUUCUGGACAUUGACCGACCACCAUGGGCAGAGAAAUUAAUUGAUACAGUGAAUUUUAAGAAGCAAACAAUGGCAAUAUGGAGCGAAAGACUCCAGAAUGGCCGUAUAAGUCUAAAGGAUUUACAGGGUCUGGAGGCUUGCUGUCAAGCGACAGAUUUGGCAGCUGCAGUGAAGGACCCGGAUUACACCGAUAGGCUUAAUUUGAUACUUCAAUGCCACAUCUUUUGCUUCAUGAGCUCUCCCUGUGAUGUCAACGUCUCUCAAUUAUCGUGGUUCGUUGAUAGACUUGAGCAAUUAUCAUCAAACUCGCUUGCAAUACAACAAAGCCUUGGACUAAUGCUUCAAUUACACACAUCGAAAGCCAUUUUGGUCCUUGCAGCCGACAUGAAGGAAGAUUCUGCUGGCGAUUUGCCUCUGGUUCGUCAUGUGAAUAAGCUAAGAGAACAUCUUUGGGAGUGCUUACAACAUAUGGAAGAAGUUGGCGGAUCAAAACAGGAGUUCUCCUCAGUAUUCGAGAAAUUCAUCCUUUCGGGUUUUAUAUUUUGCAAUAUGAUCCUUUAUCGCUCUGAAAGAACCAAGAUUAACCCUUUUGACCUAGAGCAGAUCAAAAUCGCUCAGGACUCACCAUGUGUCACUCAACUUCAAGCGGUAUAUCACAAUUUUGUGGACUCACAAUUAUCUGGCUUGUACACUUCGAUACAAGAGCUCACUGCCGUGAAGGACCUUUUGAGUGGCCUCAUUGAUAAUGUCUACUAUUUGGCUCGUCUAAUCAAACUAUGGACCCAAAUUGCCCCGGUAUACUCGUGCAUCCCGCUCAAAGACCUUCAGCAAAUGCUGCGACUUCACGACAACAUAUCGUUUUCACGCGAUGAACUGCUCACGGUGCUGAUGAGGUCCAUCAUGAAGGACACUGCGAAGACUUUCUACAAGCUCGAUCUCACCCAAGACUUAGUCUUCUUUGGAGAUGAGUACAAGACACAGCUGGGCAUGUACUCGAAGGAGAGUUUCACUAAAGACUGCGUCUGCAAGAAGGGCUCCAACAUCGAUUGGGCCAACGACGUCGGUAUUUUCCAAGAGCCGUGUGGACUUAAAAACCUAGAUACUUGCGCUUUUUUUGACAAAUUACAAAGAUCAAGAGACACAAUUCAUAGCAGCCCAAGAGCAGGGUUCCAGCCGGCCAACAUGCGCUACAGUGAUAAGUACGAUGAACUGGCUAAAUUGGCGAAAGAUUCGUUGUCGAGAAGCCGAUGA